GCAGGCCUUUGGGGUUCAGGUGACUGAGUGUGGGAAGCCUUUGUCAUAGGGUAAAAGUUGCAUACCCCUGGGCUGUAGGCUGCACACUUUGGGUCAAAUAUCAGGUUCUGUAGCUGUGUAUUUCAUCAGAACAAAUCUGUUCUACAAUGAUUAUUUUCCUUAGCUCAGGGUUGUUUUGCCUAUUGAUGGCAGCUGUGGGCAUACAAGCACAACAGACACCUUCUAUAAAUGACCUCAACGCUGAAUGCCUUGGUAACGUUAUUCGUUUGAGUGUCGCUCCUCUUUUUGAAGAUGUUGACGCUGUCUUCAAUGACACACAAAUCAUAAACCUGACGCCUGGCCUUGCUACUCAGUGUGGAUUCAGCUUUAAAUUUGACCCCAUGGGGAAUGCCAUGUUUUUUGCUUCUCUUCAAAACUGCUUUUCCCAAAACAUGGAUGAUAAGAUGUUCAGCUUGGUCAUGCAGUUCAGGCUGCCAGGAAACCACAUGACUGAAGACCCUGUUUAUAGAGUGGGCAAAACCUGUAGCUACACCCCCUGGACCUCCCGAGAGAUUCUGUGCGACCGCAACUACAUGGAGGUGUCUGUCAGAAGGACUCUUCCAGACAUCCAAACCAUCCCCAAACAGCCCACUGGGGGCCCGAAAGCAAGGAGCGGCAACUUCCGGAGGGGAGCUGAGGCUGUUGCUUCAGGAUACAAAAUGACAGCAGUCGUCUUUAGUCCUAGCAAGAAUGUCAUGAAUGUGGAUGAGGUCCAAAGAAAGGGCUAUGCAAUAGCCAACACUCCCACACGGCUGGUGUUAAGAAGCCCUCAUAAUGCAGAGGAGACAUACCUCCAGAAUGUAGCUGGGGUUCCGAUGCGGGUGCUCUCAACCUCAACCUUCUUUGAGCAGAAGUGGCUGGUUACUCGAGUAGAUGCCACGGCUGUUUGUCCAACACCAGAGGCAGUGGCCUUUACUCCAGAAGUGAUCACCUGGUACAUGCCCAAGCACAUAGACCCACUUUUCUCCUCUGAUGCCUUCACCAUGUUGGAGGUGUACAUGGGAAUUGACGCUAAGAGGCUGGACACUGAGGAAAUGGCUGCCAGAAACUACUCGGUUUUAGUCACAGAGGCUCAUAUUAUUGUUGAAAUUCCGGUGGGGGCGGUUGGCGGCUACUUCAAGAGCCAUAUUCAGGAUGACCAGUACUUUGUCACUUACACCAUUGAGCCCAUGCUUGAGUUGCUGUGGAUCGAGGAGGUCGCACACGAGAACACCAGCUAUAAAGUCCUCUUCCCUAUCACAACACCUUUCACCAUCACGUUGCCCUUCUCUUCGCCGGACGCAGUGUUUGAGUCGGUUCACUCGUCCUCUGUCAGGAGCAGACUGGAUGUGGCUCUGUUGAAUCCUUACAACAACAUGACCAUCAAAUACUUUUCCCUGGCUUGCAGCUUCAUCAAAACGCUGACUGAGUGUUUCUCUAACGGAACGAUGACUGCGCUGGCAGUGAAGGUGGAGUCUGCUCCCGGUCUGAACCCCGGUCAGCUGACCCUGAGCGACCCCGCCUGUGGUCCCACCUACAGUGACGAUCGCUUCGCCUACUUCCACUUCACUGUGAACUCCUGUGGCACCACCAGGAAGUUUAUCAACAAUGUCAUGCUGUAUGAGAAUGAAAUCUCCUUGCCAGAUGAACUUGAGGUGAAGCUGAAUGCCACGAAGUCUUCAGAGGAGGAAUAUCAGUUAAAGGUUUCCUGCUACUAUGUGGCCAACAUCACUCGCACAUUGGCCUUUCUGACCAGGCCGCGUGACAACGAGCCUUUUGCCGAGACUGGGACUGGUCGACUAAUGGUCAGAAUGAGAAUCGCUCAGGACGCCUCGUAUAACACGUUCCACCAGGAGGAGGACUAUCCAGUGGUGAGGUACCUUAGACAGCCUCUGCACUUUGAGGUGGAGCUGACCACGUCCUCUGAUCCCAAGGUAGCGCUGGUGCUUGACCACUGCUGGGCCACCCUCAACGAGGACCGUGACUCCCGACCCCGGUGGAAUCUCAUCAUUAAUGGCUGUGAGAACCCCGAGGAUCCAUACCGUGUGGUCUUCCACCCGGUAGAAGUUGACGCCAGGGUCCACUUCCCCUCUCACGUCAAACGCUUUGAGGUCUAUAUGUUUUCCUUCGCCGAGGAUGCGGUUGAGCAGAGUGGCCAGGUCUUUGUCCAUUGUGAUGUGGUCAUCUGUGAUGCCAGUAGUCCCACUGGCGGCCCCUGUAGUGGACAAUGUGUGAAUCAGGACAACCUGAAAAGAGGUCAACGACAUGUCAAAGACCUCUUUGAGGAGCGUCAUGUAUAUGUUUCUUCUGGAUACAUUCUUUGGGUGUAAUGUAUUGUUCUAACAUGACAAAUAAAGUGUUCUAUAUAAAACAAUCCUAA